AUGGUGUCGCUCAAGUCGGCCGUUCUGGCCGCCACUUACGCCGUCUCGGCUGCUGCUGUUGACAUUACCGUCAAGGCUACCGGUGGCAAUGCUACCAGUGGACACCAGUAUGGUUUCCUCCACGAGGAUAUCAACAACUCAGGUGACGGCGGCAUCUAUGCGGAGCUCAUCCGCAACCGCGCCUUCCAAUACAGCAACAGAUUCCCCGUCUCCCUCGACGGCUGGCAUUCCAUCAACGGCGCCGUCUUGACCCUCAAGAACCUCAGCGAGCCCCUCUCCGCCGCCCUUCCUGUCUCCGUCAACGUAGCUGGCGGCAACGGCUCCGGCUCGAUCGGUCUCGAGAACGACGGUUACUGGGGCAUGGACGUCAGGCAACAGAAGUACACCGGCUCCUUCUGGGUGAAGGGUGCUUACGAGGGUGUCUUCACUGCCUCCCUCCAGUCCGCCCUGAACGAAGACGUCUUCGGCUCUGUCGAGAUUGAGUCCAAGUCGACCGCUGACGAAUGGGUCGAGCACGCCGUUGAACUCACUCCUACCAAGGAUGCUCCCAACAGCAACAACACCUUCGCAAUCACCUUCGACCCUGCGGGCGCUGCCGACGGCUCGCUGGACUUCAACCUGAUCAGCCUGUUCCCUCCCACCUACAAGGGCCGCAAGAACGGUCUCCGAGUCGACAUCGCCGAGGCUCUUGCUGAGCUGCACCCCAGCCUGCUCCGCUUCCCCGGCGGCAACAUGCUCGAGGGUAUCGACAACAAGACCUACUGGGACUGGAAGGACACCCUUGGCCCUCUCAAGGACCGUCCCGGCUUCCAGGGUGUCUGGAACUACCAGCAGACGCACGGCUUGGGUCUCAUGGAGUACCUCGAGUGGGCUGAGGACAUGGGCCUGACCGUCGUCAUCGGCGUCUGGGCCGGUCUCGCCCUGAACGGCGAUGUCACUCCCAAGGAGGACCUCCAGCCGUUCAUCGACGACGCCCUCAACCAGAUUGAGUUCAUCCGUGGCCCCGUCGACUCCGAGUGGGGAGCUCGCCGUGUCGAGCUUGGCCACCCCGAGCCUUUCGACCUCCAAAUGGUCGAGAUCGGCAACGAGGACUGGCUCGCCGGCUACCCCCUCGGAUGGACUUCCUACAAGGAGUACCGCUUCCCCAUGUUCAUGGAAGCCAUCAACGCCAAGUACCCCGACAUCACCGUCAUCUCCUCCGGUGCCACUUCCGACGGCGACGGCUUCGACAUCCCCGCUCCCGGCAUCGGAGACUACCACCCCUACCGCACCCCGGAUGCCCUCGUUGACGAGUUCGAUCGGUUCGACAACGACAUCGCCCACAUCGUUGGUGAAGUUGCGGCCACCCACCCCAACGGCGGCACCGGCUGGGACGGAGACCUGAUGCCCUUCCCUUGGUGGAUCGGUACCGUCGGUGAGGCCGUGUCUCUCAUCGGCUAUGAGCGCAACGCCGACCGCAUUCCUGGCACCUUCUACGCCCCCGUCCUGCGCAACAUGAACCGCUGGCAGUGGGCUGUCACCAUUGUCCAAUUUGCCGCCGACCCCAAGCUCACCACGCGUUCCACGAGCUGGUUCGUGUGGGAGCUCUUCGCCGCCCACCCACUGUCGCACACACUCGAGGCGUCUGCUGACUUCGGUCCCGUUUACUACGUCUCUGGCAAGAACGAGGCCAAGGGCAACUUCGUCUGGAAGGGAGCUGCGUACAACACCACCAACAGUGAGGAUGUUCCCGUUACCGUCAAGUUCGAGGGCGUCGAGGCUGGUACCAAGGCUGAGCUCACGCUCCUGACCAACCCUGGCGGCGACCCCUUCGCCUACAACGACCCUCACACCGGUGUCAACAUUGUUGAUAGCCAGAAGCUUGUCUUGACUGCCAACGAGGAUGGUGCUUUCAACUUCACCCUCCCUGAGCUUAGUGUUGCUGUUUUGGACACUGAUGUUGCGGCAGAGGGAGGCCAAAAGGCGCGUGGAAUCUCGAAGUCAUUCCGAGCUUAA